AUGCUCGAUAACAGCCUCCCAAGCUCUGCAAACUCUUCGAGACCCCCUUCUCCAAGACGGCGUCUUGUUCCGCCUGCUCUUCCUGACGGUCGUCCCACCAGUAGCCCCACCAGCGAACCUCGGCCUCCCCAAGGGAUCUCCUCCGCAGCUUUCAGUACAGACUAUUUCAAGAAGUUUUUUGUUGAAGAGAGGAUUCUCGGAAAGGGCGGAAAGGGGGUAGUCCUGCUUGUUAAGCACAUGCUAGACGGCGUCUCUCUAGGACACUAUGCAUGCAAGCGGGUACCUGUCGGCGACGACCACGAGUGGUUGGAGAAAGUUCUGGGCGAAGUCCAGCUGCUUCAGCAUCUUUCCCACCAGAAUCUCGUCUCAUAUCGCCAUGUCUGGCUUGAAAAUGCGAAAAUCAGCACAUUCGGUCCCAGCGUUCCUUGCGCAUUCAUCCUUCAGCAAUACUGCAAUGCCGGCGACCUACACAAUUAUAUCUGCGGCUCCGUUCAAACACCCAGUACUGCGCAGCAGCUUAAGGAUCGACUCCGAAGAAAGUCCAAAGGAGAACCUGAUCCGCAAAUGGGUACAGGUGCGCCACGCACGCUUCAGCUUGAUCAGAUCUACUCUUUUUUCCGAGAUAUUACCUCGGGCAUGCGCCAUCUGCACAUGAAUGGAUACAUUCAUCGUGACCUCAAGCCCCACAACUGCCUUCUCCAUGAAUCAAGCGAUGGCAUCAGAGUAUUGGUAAGCGAUUUCGGUGAAGUGCAAUCUCAGAACGCGAUGCGCAAGUCGACCGGCGCUACAGGGACACUUUCCUAUUGCGCGCCCGAAGUCCUCCGGCGGGAGUACACAGAUGGGCCGUUCGGAAAUUUCACAUUUAAGUCCGACAUAUUUUCUCUGGGAAUGAUUCUCUACUUCCUAUGCUUCGCGACACUUCCGUACGUAAGCGCGGACGUCAUCAACGAAGAAAGGGAAGACCUGGAGCAACUUCGAGCGGAAAUUACCAGCUGGGCUGGUUUCAACAAUAAUCGGCGGAUGAGAUCCGACCUUCCACAGAAGCUGUACACGUUCUUAGAACGACUGCUUGCUGUGGACCCCGAUCGUCGCCCGACCGCAGACGAAGUUUUGAGCGGUAUCCAAGCCGGCGCCAAUGCCAACGUCAAGAGAACUGGUUCAACCGGUGCGACUAGUUCACCUAGUCCAGACAUGCCUGCCUCCGCACGCAUUCGUCCCGUGGACAGUCCAAGGCCUUCUGAACGCGCUCUCUCUCCUACCAAGAGGAUACCUCGCAGUCCUACAACUUUCCGACAAGAUUCAGUGUUCGACUCCAGUGGCUCCUCUAGCACACCCCCCGCCUCAGAUGCAUUGAUAAACGGACGCCCAUCCUUGAGUCCAGAUCGCGACCUUGUCGUCCGGCAAAGAUACUCUACAUCUCCCCCCGUAUCUCCGACUCGACAGACCCGCGAGCCGUCUAUCCACAAUUCCCCGCCGCCCAUGCCCAGACAACUUCUUCCGCCACCGCCGAGCCGCUUUCCCGCUUUGGAUUUCUUAAGGACAUCCACCAUGAUCUCCCCGGGCUUGCAGUUCUCAUUAUUUCUUCUAAAAGUGGUCUCGAUCCUUCACCCCUGCUCCCCUCUAGCGGUCAAGCCAUGGAUUCUUUAUCCUCUCCUCCUUUUAGCUGCGGUGACUCUACGCACUUCUCUCCAGGUUCAAGUAUUCUCUACACUUGCACAUAUGGUCGUUGUCGUGGCCGGAAUUCGCUUCGGGGCACUCUGCGUCUGGAGUAGGAAUGUCGCAAUCACUUUCUGA